AUGGCAAGCAACAACUUCCCUGAAGACCUCAUCCUGGAUAUACUUACAAUGCUUCCAGUCAAUUCUCUUCUAAGAUUCAGGUGUGUAUCCAAACUCUGGUUUGCUCUUAUAAGAGAUCCAGGUUUCAUCAAAAUGCACCUCACCCGAUCUCUUGCAACCAAUACAAACCUCAGCCUCAUUUCAAUAAAAUCCUCCAAUUUCUAUCUCUACUCUCUUGACUUUGAAGAUUGCAAACAAGAAACGUUAGAACUCAAUCAUCCACUCAAAUUUCCACGCCAUGGAACCGAAUUAGUGGGUUCUUGUAAUGGCUUACUCUGUAUAUCUAAUUACCGUUAUAGGAACAUAUUCCUUUGGAAUCCUUCUACAAGAAGGUAUAAGAAGCUACCCUAUAUACCGACUGAAACUCCCUUCAAUCGACUCCCUCCCCAUCUUGCUGCUUAUGGAUUUGGUUACGAACCCAUCACUGAAGAUUACAAGUUGGUAAAGGUUGUAUCGUUCUAUGACAUAGAUGACAACUCUAUUCGUUUGAAUUUGAAUAUCUACUCACUUAUCACCAACUCAUGGAGAGGGAUUGGGGACAUGCCCUUCGUAAUUUUCGAAAACCCAAAUGGGGUUUAUGCAGAUUCUACUAUUCAUUGGAUUGUAAAGCGGUGGAAGGAAAAUUUUAUGAUUUCCUUUGAUCUUAAAGAUGAGGAGUAUAGAGAGGUGUCACUGCCAGCUUGCACUGUGAAGGAUAAGUUUGGCAUGAAUUUGGGAGUUCUUGGAGGACAACUCUGUGUGCUUUAUGAUUUCAGUAUCCGGGUUGAGAUUUGGAUGUUGAAGAAUUACGGCGUGAGAGACUCCUGGGCUAAACUGUUUUCGAUUGAAGAAUCAAUAAUGAGAGAGCCUUUUAGGUUCUUGAAACCUAUAUGUUAUUCAAAGCAUGGUGGAGUUCUACUCCAGAAUUAUUCUGAAUCGCUGGUUGUGUAUGAUCCCCAUACAGGAAGGGUAAGCUAUUGUAGGAUUAGUGGUGUUUCAAAAUUAUUGGAAGCAGAGGUCUGUGCUGAUAGUCUUAUUGCACUCAAUGCCAAAUAG